AUGGUCUUGGGCCGGCUAAAGCUACCUCCGACCAUUGCGCGGAGGCUGUUUUCAGUUCGCCCCUACAGCACAAGCACAGAUUCGACCCCAGCUGCUGCCUCCAACUUGUCGAGACAUUAUCUCGGACCAAAGCCACCUCUAGCUGAAGCCAUCGACGCAGAAUGGAGGCAGCUUCUCAAGGAUCUCAGGGAGAACCAUGCCCUCACCCAAGGCGAUGAAUUGGAGCCGCUUCAAUCAGAGCCGCAGGCCCCAUGGCUGCUCCAGCUCACGGGCACAUCUGCGAACCUUCAACCCUCCGACUUUUACCGCCUAGCGCCGCAGUCAAACCAUGUGCAUUACUGGACCACGCAGGGGAGUCUGGCGGUUGUGACCCAGGCCCGUCACUAUACUACCCAAGAAGGCGUCGACCAUUAUCGGCUCUACUUUGAGUCGGAGGCCGGCGCCUUGCGUUACCGCGACGAAGCCCUCCGUCUGCAUCAACUAUCCAAGGACCUUAAACAUGCGAUCGCCCAUCCGCCCUUGCCACGCAAGGAGAAAAGAAAGAAAGCCAAAGCUAAGACGAAGAAGGCAAAGAAGUUCGCCGAGAGUGUUCUUGAGUCGCUGGAGUCCAUGGAUGAACAAGACAAAGGUGGACCAGAGGCCGAGGUAGAACCGCAAGUCUCCAAUGAACAGCAGUCAGUCCCAUCUAUGCCGUGGGGAGCUCUCAACCAGCGAAAGGAAUCGCCGAAGCCAAAGCCAAAGCCAAAGCCAACUCCACGUCCCGAAGAUCUCGCGGCUGAAGCCCGCACCUUCACACUUGCUCCUCCCGAUACCGAGCUCGAUCUGCAGGGCCCCUUCGAACCCGACCCCGCAGAUAAACCUCCCUGCGUUGCACGCGUGACCCAGGUCCUGUUCGUCAUCUCGGGCGGCAGCGGCAACGGCUUCUCCAGGUCAGCCCUCGGCCGCUUGAUUGCCGCCGACGGCGAGCGUCGGAACCUGCGAUGGCGGCUGCGCGGUGGAGCCUCGGUGCUGCCGCUCCGCGUCGACAUGUCGACUGCUGCUCGAACGGCUAGGAAGGAGGCCGGGGUCGAUAAUUCCGGCGACAUGCUGCGCCAGGCGAUCGAGCUGGCGCAAGCGGUCGAGACCAGCAACGAGACGGACAACGACACCCCCUAUAUGCGUUACGUUUUAUCAUUCGAGGAUGGCCCCGAGGCCAAGCGUUUUGCGCGGGAUUGGCACAUGAGGAAACUUGUCUUCAACAACGGAGACUUGGUCUUUUUUGUAAAAGCUACAGCUCUCUGGUAG